CGGACUCGACUCCACUAAUAUUCUCCUCUUCUCGCGCGGCUCGUUAUAUUCUCGUCAUCAUUGGAGGCUUUAGCAAGCAAGAAGAGAGGCAGUGGUGGUGGUGGUGGAGGAGGAGCUAGCUAGCCUGUGCUUGCUGAUCGGUGCUGAGCUGAGGAAUCGUUCGAUCGAUCGGGCGAGAUGGGGAGGGGAAGAGUUGAGCUGAAGCGCAUCGAGAACAAGAUCAACAGGCAGGUCACCUUCUCCAAGCGCCGCAACGGCCUCCUCAAGAAGGCCUACGAGCUGUCCGUUCUCUGCGACGCCGAGGUCGCGCUCAUCAUCUUCUCCAGCCGCGGCAAGCUCUACGAGUUCGGCAGCGCCGGCAUAACAAAGACUUUAGAAAGGUACCAACAUUGUUGCUACAAUGCUCAAGAUUCCAACAAUGCACUUUCUGAAACCCAGAGUUGGUACCAUGAAAUGUCAAAGUUGAAAGCAAAAUUUGAAGCUUUGCAGCGCACUCAAAGGCACUUGCUUGGGGAGGAUCUUGGACCACUCAGCGUCAAAGAAUUGCAGCAGCUGGAGAAACAGCUUGAAUGUGCACUAUCACAGGCGAGACAGAGAAAGACGCAACUGAUGAUGGAACAAGUGGAGGAACUUCGCAGAAAGGAGCGUCAGCUGGGUGAAAUUAAUAGGCAACUCAAGCACAAGCUCGAGGUUGAAGGUUCCACCAGCAACUACAGAGCCAUGCAGCAAGCCUCCUGGGCUCAGGGCGCCGUGGUGGAGAAUGGCGCCGCAUACGUGCAGCCGCCGCCACACUCCGCGGCCAUGGACUCUGAACCCACCUUGCAAAUUGGGUAUCCUCAUCAAUUUGUGCCUGCUGAAGCAAACACUAUUCAGAGGAGCACUGCCCCUGCAGGUGCAGAGAACAACUUCAUGCUGGGAUGGGUUCUUUGAGCUAAGCAGCCAUCGAUCAGCUGUCAGAAGUUGGAGCUAAUAAUAAAAGGGAUGUGGAGUGGGCUACAUGUAUCUCGGAUCUCUCUGCGAGCCACCUAAUGGUCUUGCGUGGCCCUUUAAUCUGUAUGUUUUUGUGUGUAAGCUACUGCUAGCUGUUUGCACCUUCUGCGUCCGUGGUUGUGUUUCCGUGCUACCUUUUUAUGUUUUGAUUUGGAUCUUGUUUGAAAAUAAUCUUACCAGCUUUGGGUAAACUGUUUAUUACGUACUCUAUAUAGCAUAUGUGACCGACGACAACGGUUUCAUUUUA